GCAGUUCUGCUAAUCUAACCUGCCGAGCUUUCUUUGGAUAUAGUGGAGAUGUCAGUCCUUUAAUCUACUGGAUGAAAGGGGAGAAGUUUAUUGAAGAUUUGGAUGAUAGUCGAGUCUGGGAAAGUGACAUCAGGGUUCUCAAGGAACACCUUGGGGAACAGGAGGUUUCCAUCUCACUGAUUCUUGACUCUGUGGAAGAGGCAGACCUGGGGAAUUACUCAUGCUACGUCGAGAAUGGAAAUGGACGCCGACAUGCCAGUAUUCUUCUACAUAAAAGGGAGCUGAUGUACACAGUUGAGCUUGCUGGUGGGCUUGGUGCUAUUCUGCUGCUGCUUGUUUGUUUAGUGACUAUCUACAAGUGUUACAAGAUAGAGAUUAUGCUCUUCUAUAGGAAUCAUUUUGGAGCUGAAGAACUGGAUGGAGACAACAAAGACUACGAUGCAUAUCUAUCUUAUACCAAAGUGGAUCCUGACCAGUGGAAUCAAGAAACUGGAGAAGAAGAAAGAUUUGCUCUUGAGAUCCUACCAGAUAUGCUUGAAAAGCAUUAUGGAUAUAAGUUGUUCAUACCAGACAGAGAUUUGAUUCCCACGGGCACCUACAUUGAAGACGUGGCAAGAUGUGUAGACCAAAGCAAGCGACUGAUCAUCGUCAUGACUCCAAAUUAUGUGGUUAGAAGAGGCUGGAGCAUCUUUGAACUGGAAACGAGGCUUCGAAACAUGUUAGUCACAGGCGAAAUUAAAGUGAUACUGAUUGAAUGCAGUGAACUACGAGGAGUUAUGAACUACCAGGAGGUUGAGGCCCUGAAACAUACCAUCAAGCUCCUCACUGUCAUUAAAUGGCAUGGACCAAAAUGCAACAAGUUGAAUUCCAAGUUCUGGAAACGUUUACAGUACGAAAUGCCUUUUAAGAGGAUUGAACCCAUCACACAUGAGCAGGUUUUAGACGUCAGUGAGCAGGGGCCUUUUGGGGAACUGCAGACAGUCUCAGCAAUUUCCAUGGCUGCUGCCACCUCCACUGCUCUUGCCACUGCCCAUCCAGACCUGCGCUCCACCUUUCAUAACACAUAUCACUCACAGAUGCGCCAGAAACACUAUUAUCGAAGCUAUGAAUACGAUGUACCUCCUACCGGCACCCUGCCGCUUACCUCAAUAGGUAACCAGCAUACCUACUGCAACAUCCCUAUGACACUUAUAAACGGGCAGCGGCCACAGACAAAAACUAACAGGGAGCAGAAUCCAGAAGAGGCUCACACAAACAGUGCGAUACUCCCCCUCUUGCCACGGGAGACCAGUAUAUCAAGUGUCAUUUGGUGA